UGCUCUCGGGAAACGGGGCCGGCCUAUAUAAGCGAGCUGCGGGGCGUUCCCUCGCGCUGUGCUCGCUGAGAGGAGAGGCUUGCUUGGACUCCCUGAGACCACCUUGGCGGACGAUGGCUGAGGGAGAUAACCGCAGUACCAACCUGCUGGCUGCGGAGACUGCCAGCCUGGAGGAGCAGCUGCAGGGAUGGGGAGAAGUGACGCUGCUCGUGGAUAAAGUGCUCCGCUGGGAGAGGGCGUGGUUCCCCCCUGCCGUCGUGGGCGUGGUCUCCCUGGUGUUCCUAAUCAUCUACUAUCUGGAUCCAUCCGUUCUGUCCGGUGUUUCCUGUUUCGUCAUGUUUCUGUGCUUGGCUGACUACCUGGUUCCCAUCCUAGCACCUAGGAUUUUUGGCUCCAAUAAAUGGACCACCGAGCAACAGCAGAGAUUCCACGAGAUCUGCAGCAACGCAGUGAAGACACGACGCCGCGCCGUGGGCUGGUGGAGGCGCCUCUUCACGCUCAAGGAGGAGAAACCCAAAAUGUACUUCAUGACCAUGAUCGUUUCUCUUGCUGCCGUGGCUUGGGUGGGACAGCAAGUCCACAACCUGCUUCUCACCUACCUGAUAGUGACUUUCUUACUGUUGCUUCCUGGACUGAACCAACAUGGGAUCAUUUCGAAGUACAUUGGAAUGGCCAAGAGGGAGAUAAACAAGCUUCUCAAACAAAAGGAAAAGAAAAACGAAUAGUGCACCUGCUUUGUUCCCGUGAUGAAUGGAGUAUGCAUUGUCCCCAGAAACCACUUCUCCUUUGCUCUCUGGAUGCUAAAAUGUUACUGAAGUCGAUGUUUGCUCUCCUUCACUCUGCCCUUAGUUAGUGAGAAUUCAGACAUGCCAAGUCGGGCCGUGCGUGCAGUGUCUGCUUGUCAGCUGGGGCUGGGUGCAUCCUCGGCAGCUGGCC